ACCGUCGUUGGCUCUUGCGGCGAACCACUCUCACGUCGUCCCCAUCCACGCCCGCGUCUUGCCCGGCACCGUCCGCCGCCCUCUCAGCUCUGCUCGCAGCGACUCGUUCACGGUUGCCCCACCGGCCUUUGACGCGUUUUCUGCCAAAAAUUCUCGUCUAUUCCCCCCACCAGGUCCCACCAGCCCCACCAUGGAAUACACGUUCGGCGGAAAGUACCUGCUCGGCGAAGAAGUCGCGGUAGGCGGAUGCGGCACCGUAUACCAAGGCGUGCACAAAAUUGCCGGCAAGGAGGUCGCCAUCAAAAUCGAGCCCGCCAUUGCCAGGUCGUCGCCACUCCAGCAAGAGACCAAGAUCUACCGUUCACUUCAAGGCGGCCCCGGUGUUCCAUGGGUGAUGUGGGCCGGCAAGUCGGGCGACUACAACGUCAUGGUCGUCGACCUCCUCGGUCCCUCUCUCGAAGAUCUCUUCCAGACCUGCAACCGCUACUUUUCCCUCAAGACCGUUCUCAUGCUUGGUGUCCAACUCCUCGACCGGAUAGAGUACAUACACUCUAGAGGGCUUAUACACCGUGACAUCAAACCCGCCAACUUUGUCAUGUCCUCGCGCGACCCCGCAGAGUCGUGUGUGAACGUCAUCGACUUUGGGCUCGCAAAACGCUACCGAGACCCUCUCUCCGGAGAGCACAUCCCAUACCAUCAAGACGAUCAUCACGGAGUCGGCACGUCACUGUUUGCCUCCAUACACACCCACGACGGCGUUGAGGCUUCACGGCGCGACGACCUCGAGUCGCUCGCAUACAUGCUGCUCUACUUCCUGCGCGGCAGCCUGCCGUGGCGCAAGAUCCGCGGCCCGACCACCCGCGCCACCUGGGACCUCAUACGCGCCAAAAAGGUCGAGACGAUGGAGAUCCUCACCGUGAAGCUCCCUGAGGAGCUCCAGACGUUCUACCGCUACGUGCGCGGCCUCGAGUACUACGACCUCCCCGACUACGAGGGCCUCCGCCGCCUCCUGCGCGGCCUCGCCCUCCGCGAGAAGAUCGAGUUUGACGGCCGGUUCGACUGGAUACGCGACCGCCACUGGCGCGAGAAGCUCGCAGCUGGCGGCAGCAGCCGCCGCCGCGUGCGCUCCUGCAAGGCAUGCGAAGCGUGCUCCAAGAACGGCACCCAGGACACGCGGCGGUAGUGUGCGCGUGUCGGCGGGGUGUGGGGGUCGCGCGGCGGACGGAGCGCAAGGGUGCGUGCACCUGUGGUUGCGGGGGAGCUCCACGCUGACGACGUGGGUCGCAGUGCCGUCGCGGCGUGCCGCUGUGCACGAUGGCGAUGAUACCGGUGACACCGAUGACGAUGAACACGAGGGAGGCGCCGCUGUAGGUGCCCAUUCAUUUGCAAACACUGAAACGACCAGAAUACGACAAGGAAACUCGCGUUGCUAUAGGCACGCUGUAUGAAUGAAUUAACGAUCAUGCCCAUGCCACAACGUUGCAGCAGCUGCUUUGCUGACCGUGGGAGGGUGACGCUCUCCAGGCUUGCCCCCACGGGCCCGUCGGCGCCACCGUGCGCCUGGCGGGCGUGCAUCUUUGAAGCCGAUUGUAGUCAUCUUGUAGAAUAGCUCUGCUCUGCAGACAGACGACACGCUGCCGGCCCUGUCUCGGAGCCGGUAUGGUGUCUGUCUUCCUUUGCGUCUUUUUGUGUGCAUAUUUGCGAUCCCCUCUGUCUCUCUCUUCUCUCUUU